AUGGCCGACAACCCAUCCCAAGUGGGGAAGGAUGCAGACCUUCAGUCACCCCCGGGGUCCCCUUCCUCUAGUACAAUUCCACCAAACCCUUUUGAAGGGACUGUGAUGGACCAAGAAAUUCUGAUCCAGUUCAAGGACCUGUUCGAUGCGGCCCCCGAUAUGCAAGCCGGCUCAUCUACACCACCCGCCUUCGAAAAGGAGAUGGGAGAGCUUGUGCACAAACUUCGCGAGAUGUCAGAAAACAAGACCAAAGUUUUUGAAUACAUCCUCAAGGACAAGUCUCUCAGAGAAGACCAGGACGAAACAAUCUCCUUGGUCUACAGUGCCGAAAUUAACUAUUUCCUCUUGCCAGCCUCAGAAUACAUUGCUCUGGGAAAGCCCGAUAAAGCCUGGGAAACGGUCACCUUCGCGAUGAAACUUGCCAAAGAAUCAGGUAACGAGCUUCUGAUUGGCAGGUGUGAGUAUUGGAUGGGUCGAGUCGAGUUUCUGCGCGGGAGUUUCACAGCCGCUCAUAAACAUUUCCUGCGGGCCCAGGUUUGUGCCGUGGAUCCGGAAAAGGGUAUUGAAUGUCAGGAGCUGGAUUUUUACUUGGAUAUUACCAGGCCUGGGAUUACUGAUUACACUCGUUUGGUUAGACUGCGUGCGUAUGAUAAGAUUCUUACGACUCGGUAUGAAAAGAAAGUUCGCGGAACCGACAACAUCCCGAUCGAAAGAAAGCGCAAAAGACCCCUGCUGACCUGGAGAGAUGCUUUCUUUGAUCUGCAGCGACCUUCCAUAAAACAACGUGCGAUUCACAAGAUCCGGAAGCCUUGCCGUCCGGGGCAGGUUGUAACCAGAGUCAGCGAAACACAGCUGACACAGGAACUAGAGCGUUAUCAGAACCCGGCCAAUCUGUUCAUUGGAAAGGUUCUGGCCGAAGAGCUUGGGUACAGCUCUGGAGAAGACUUCGACGAUGACGCCGCAACGGAAAGUUCUGACGAAUCCGAUGCCGAGAUCAGUUGCUCUGCACACAGUCUACACGGUACAGACGGCACUGUGGAUGAGGACACAGCCGGCUCAUCAAAGCCCCUGAGCAAUGCCCAAAAGUCAACGCUAUCCACAGUCUUGAGUAAGCCUCCAGGUCAUCAGGUUGCACCCCAUAUGACUGAUUCCGACUUGGCCACGGCCCAAUACAUGGUUGCACGCUCGAUAGCAAAGCUCAUCCCAGAGCUCCAGGAAAUUCCAAAAGAGCCUUUUGUGUUUGGAGAACCUCACGAGCCGUCGAAGUACAUGGAUUUCCGGUUCAGGUGUUUCAAGGUUGGCCUGGAGCCACGCGGCCGCUCAAUGACACUAUUUUCGAAACUGCCAGGCGAGAUGGUUAUCUCUACCGAGGAAUGGAAGGCUAUGGAGCCUCAUGCCCGCCAGCAGAUUGUCACAUGGGAGUAUCUGAUGAAGGUGCGAUAUGAAAUGAUGAGGGUUGCUGAACAGAUGUGA